AUGGACGCAAAGCUUGAAGCCCUUGUUACCCGUCUUGAAGCUGUCGCAGCUAAACUCGAGAAGUGCGGCGUUGCUGCUCCAGCCGGCGAUGCUGGUGAAGAGGAAACAGAAGAUUACCCAGCCGUUACAGCUUAUGAUGAAACCUUCAACCCACAUCUUAAGAAGAUGAUGGAUGCUGCUAAGGCUAUCGAUCCAGAACUUGCCGAAAUGACACAACUCGUCUUAAACAUGUUCGCAGCUACACGCAAGAUCAUCCUUGUUGGCUGCCGCUGCGCUAAGCCAGAUAACAACGCUCAGUUCGAAGUUCUCAACAAGCUUUCUCAGGCCGGUAUCCAGUGGUGUGACAAGCACUUCAAGACAAAGCACGUCAACAAUCUUAAGGCUGUCAACGAAGCUAUGACACUCCUUACAUGGCCACAGAUCGGCGCUUCUGCUGAAGACUACGCUACAGAAAUGACAGGCUCUGUCAUGUGCUACACAAACAAGCUCUCAAUGCAGUACCGUGGUGUUGAUGAGAAGCAGAUGAACUGGGUCACAGGCUUCGUCGCUGCUUGCAAGGCUAUCCCAACAUACAUUAACGACUACCAGAAGGGUGGCAUCAAGUUCAAUGCCCGUGGCAAGAAGGCUACACCAGAAAUGUUCGCUCUCGGUGGCGCCGCUGCUGCCCCAGCUGCUGCUGCUCCAGCUCCAGCUGCUGCCCCAGCCAAGCCAGCUAAGCCAGAACCAGCCAAGCCGGCCGCCAAGGCUGCAGGCCUCGCUGGAAAGCUCGCCGGCAUUGGUCCAAAGCCAGUCGCUAAGGAACCAUCCGUCAAGCGUGUCGGCGCUCAGAACCAGGUCCAGGUCGAAUACUUCACAUCUGGCCAGGUUACAGAGUUCCCCAAGCUCCAGCACGAAGAUAUCGUCAACAUCUUCCAGUGCAAGAACUGCGAAAUCACAAUCCCAUCUAAGGUUAAGGCUCUCUCCGUUCUUGGCUGCGAGCGUAUCAUCCUUAGUCCAAACGACGUUAUUGGCGUCCUUGAACUUAACGGCCUUAAGCGCUCUAAGAUCUACUGCGAGGGUGUUGUCAAGACAAUCACAUGCGAUAAGUGCGAUAGCCUUGAAAUCUAUCUUAACGAGGCUUCCUUAAAAGUUCAGCUUAUCUCAUCCCAGUCUACAGGUAUCAACCUCGAAUACCCAGAUCCAAAGGAUAAGGGCAACUAUAUCGAACACGCUGUUCCAGAACAAAUCAAGGUUCAGUUCAAUGAUGAUGCUAAGCUUGAACACCACGUUUACGUUCAUGAGUAA